UUGUUGUAUGACCCCUGGGCCUUCGGGUUUUGUAUUGUUGCCAUCAAAAUACUUGCGUAUGAACUUUAGAUGCUAAUUAGCAGACAUCAGUAUCUCCAACAAAGUCAUGUGUGAGCUGCUGAAAUUAAUCUGCUUCAUCAAAUAAUACACUAUAAUGUGUAUCUGGUCACACGUCAGAAAUCUGCAGGAUAUCACUAGAAUCAGUACAAAUCAAGACUGAUUUAAUAAUAAUUGCAAAUAUCUGUAAGAAAAUUGAUUUUAAAAAGUUACCAACACGUUUUCUCCUUUAAUGCUCCUUUAAAGGAACUUCAAAGUCAGUGUGGGUGACACCACAUGCUGUUAAGAUAAUAAUUUUAGGACUUUCUUUUUAAGCCAUCUCAAUAAAGCUCACCUAAAGGUAAUCAGUGAAGCCUUUAAGUGUGGGAGUGUCUCAGGCUUGCUCCUCCCAUCAUGGAUAUUUCUUUUAAAUUGGCGCACAACAUCUUCAGAAACCCACUUAUAUGAGAAGUAACAGCAAAACUGAACCUAAGUUUGAGGCUUUUAGGAGGCAGUUUGACUGAAGAGCAAAGUCCAAGCUGCAGUCUAACAACCGUCUAUUGUCAGUGAUAAUUAGCAGAAGUGCCGUCAGCUGUAAAUAAAAGAGGCAGCAUCUAACUGAGGAAGUUUUCUGCUCAGGUAAGGACGUGUAAAACAAUGCACUGAUGUGUUCAUCAUUUCAGGAAGGAAGAAAAAUGUGUAAAUAUUGUUGUGAUCCUAAAAUACACACCAGUUAGGUUUGUAUAUGUGCAACAUUUCUGCCUAUUGCUGUGAUUGUAGGGCCCAGAUGGCUUCCAGGUUUGGCCAGAAGAGAGCUGGAAGAUGCCAGGAGUACUCAGACUCCUACCUGCUGAGGGAUCCUGGCCUCAAUCCUUUGCAUGAGCCUCUUCAUGGCACCUCCUGGUGGGCUGACAGGGAGGGGCAAAGAAACCAAGGAGACUUACUGAGGGAGCAGCUAAAAGAGAUGGAUGAACACAUGGCCAGGCUUCAGGAGAUGCUGAGAAGGGAGCAGGCCAAAUGCACCCGUCUGCAGCUGCAGUGUAGCCAGCAGGAGGCCGAGCUGCGACAUCGAGAGCUGCACAGCAACAGAUUAAAGGAGCGGCUAUCACAGCUGACUGACAGACAAAAACUUAAAGGACCCUCCAUUGAUGUGUUGAACUUUCCACCUGGAGGCAGAGGCAAAAGAGAACAGCCAAUCAAACCAUUCAGGACCACUGCAAAAAGGGAAGAAGCAACACUGCGUGUGAUGCUGGAGCGCAGAGAAGCAGAGCUCAGAGAGGCGAUGAAGCUGCGACACAGCCUCACCACUUUACUUCAUGCACUCAGAGUCGACAUGGAGCAGACCCUGACAGACUCUGUGGAUUUGGCUCAAGAAGGAGACAAAAGGUUGGAUCAAGCUGAGGUAGCACUUGGUGAACAUGUGACGGGUGGAGUCAUCCAGAGUUGGAGGCAGGUGCAGAUUAGACUGCAGGAUGUGCUGUCUGAAGGCCAAACCGCUGCUGGUACCGACCACGACAAGCUCCUGGUUCAGCUGGAAACUGAACUGAAAGAGAGUCAACAGCUUGUCAGGUUACAACAGCAGCUCCUGCAGGACAGUCUUGCCUCACCCAUCCCAUCUGAACUAGCCGAUUCCUACUUUUUGGAAGAGUGGGAACGUCUUCAGGCCCAGUGGGCAGAACUGGAUCAUCAGAGGAGGACUUUUGAGAGGGAGCGGCAGUCCUUCACUGAUGCUGCCAUUCGACUGAGUCAUGAGCGCCGGGAUUUUGAACAGCAGAAGGCUGCACUUGUUAAGCAGCAGUAUCUCUGUGACUCGCCACUGUUUGGAAAAGGAGGAGCAACAAAUGACAACAGGAGGGAAAGCACUGCUCUUAAUUUUUCAGGUUUGGGCCCAAACAAUAUAUCUGGCUAUCUUCCGAUUUCGCCGUCAUCUGCCGGGUCUGGGAUCACAGCUGAUCCUGGAUUACAUCAGGGGAGAACCAGAGUUCAGACCCCCAGUACUCCUGAGCUCUACUCUGCCUUCAAUCUAUCACACACCUGCAGAUCCAGAGUUGUUGAUCACCAUUCAGAGACAUGGGAUGAUGGGCUUGACGGGAUAGUGGACACACCUCAGGCUCCACAUGUAGACUGGCCAUUUUACUACAAUACCGAUGACGUGCAGUAGCAGCGAGAAGCACAUUGUACUUUCAAUUUCACUUUUUAAAAUAAUCAAUAAAGACUAAUUGUAUUUUUAA